AGAUCCCGUCGCAAUCGAACUGCAACUGGCUAUCAACACCAAUUUUCCAAUUCGAGAUCGAGAUCACGGAACAUCCCACCCACGAACGACGCACCGAGCCCCUAUACCCAAACACCCCCGCCGCUUCCACUCUCUCCCGGAUACCACGACCCAAACCCCCUUCUUACAGCCUCCCUAAACCAGAGUGGUUGCAAGAAAGGAAAAUGAUCACCAGAUUCAUAACGGACGUAACGACGCGGUUCAACCCCUUCUCGCCCCGCGCCCGAUCCGCAAGGCUCUUUCUGUCCUUCUUGCCCCCGUCAGCCCGCGCGCAGGGCAUGAACAUCAAUGCACAGCUGCUGCCGCGGCAUUCGACGGAGCCGAGCACCCUCUCUGUUAAGUUCAAGGAUGGCAAGGAGAUGAAUCUCGACCCCGAGAGCAUGGGCAUUAAGAGCAUCAUCGAGGAAGUCGACCGGCACUCGCGCAUGCUGCAGAAGGAGGCCGAUCUCGCAGACGGCUGAAGAAUCUUUUUUUGGGGAGGCGCACUGUACAUCUAGAUGUAUCUUAUACAAUCUGCUUGUAUCGAUAGGAAGCAUUGGGAGGCGUUUGUGCGAUUUUUCACCAGGUCGGAAUAUACCACUUUAGGGGCUCAAAACACACAGCUAGGUCAAUGAGGCCACAGGGUGGA